GGGGGAGAGGAGGGCUUCCGGUUAUUAGGUGAAAGGACAGUCGCUCUCGCCCGCCCGCAUGUUGUUUCGCGUUCUCCGGUGAGCUUACAGAUUGCCCGGCGACAUCUCCGGGAAGGGGUGAAAGAGAUAAUUGGAAAUGAAGCUUUAGAGUAUGUUAUGGACAUCCAAUUAAUUGAAGUUAGAAUUUUCAAGCUCCAAAGUAGUGUAUACGGAUGGAGGUGCAACCAAUUAAUCACAUGAAACAAGAACGAGCCAGAACAAGGUGGACCCCGGUCCUAGAUAAGGUAUUUGCUGACUUGGUUGUGAAGCAGAUUCAGCUUGGAAACAGAAGAAACAAUGUCUUUGAUAAGAAGACUUGGAACACCAUACGAAACGAAUUCAACAAACAAACCGAUCUCAAUUUCAACAACAACCAGUUGAGAAAACACUUUGAUGUCCUCCGGACACGCUUCUUCAGCCUAACGAAGUCUUCUUCCUCUGCUCAAACUGACUUUGCUGCAAUUGAUGAGUCUUGCUGCAUUGCAUUUGACCUUUGGGAAGACUGCUCGACACCAGUCAGGCAGGAGACGGGCAAAGUCAAGGACUGCCCGAUAUACGGUCAACUGUGCACGAUAUUUUCAGAUACAUCGGUAGAUGGGAAAUAUGCUCAAUCCAGUCACUUUGAAGGACUGGAUAAUAGUGCAACACAUGCAGUUCCUUGUCCAGAAGCAUCCCAUCCUGAGAACGAAGAAGAUCCCCCAACUCCAAUGCCAGUACUACAACCCUCGGAAAAAGCUGUUAAGUCCGUAGGAGAGAGGAAAAGGAAGCAGCCAUCCGAAACACAUCUGGAAUUGGAGCAGGACGGUGGUGGUGAUGAACAGCGUGAAUCUGUUGCUGCAGCUUUACAUGAUAUGAUCGCAGCUUUCAAAGAGAGGGAAACAACUGCGAAAACUCAGAGGAGGGACGAAAGGUAUAGCAUAACCAGUUGCAUCAGAGCUUUGGAUGAGAUUAAGGGUGUCGACCAAAGACUCUAUUUUGCUGCACUGGAUCUCUUUGACGAUCCCAGCUUGAGGGAGACGUUUAUGUCGUUGAAAGGUGACGCGUUCAGGUUGGCUUGGUUGCAGGGGAAGUGUGAUGGGUUUAAUUUUUCGACGCUUUUCGGGUUUUAGAGCCAUGUCACCAUAGAUGUGUAGUCUUUUUACUAGAGAGCUUGUUGAUAGAGUUACUGACGAAGUUCAAACUAAUGGAUCGGAUUACAGCAGUUCAGACUUCAGAAAGCUAUUGCUGCUAAAUACCAUUGUAAUUGUUUCCUUUACUGCCCUACUGCCUGAUAGCUAAUCAGAUGACAACAGAGAGACUUCACCUUUGACCAUCCUUUGAUUUCUCUCACCUAACUCAAAACCAGGAUCAUAUGGUUAGAAAUUGAGGUCAAUGCCACAAAAGAGACUUGACCUGC